ACACGAUAACCCACCACGUGGUGCCAUGGAGAUCCGUGUCUCCAGCCUGGCCGGCCCUGUAUGCUCCUUGGAGCUAAAACCGGAGACCACCGUGCAGGAGCUGAAGCUGGCCAUCCAGGAGCUUACCAGCAUCCCCAUCUCCCAGCAGCACCUGCUCCACGACGCCCAGGAGCUGGAGUCCGGAUGGCUCCCGGCGGCUGCGAAGCUGGAGCUCUCGCUGCUGCGCUGCGAAGCUCCGCCGAUUGACGAGGAAGAGCAGCGCUUCUGGCGGCAGCAGCUGGGCAACGAUGGCAUGGAGCUGCUCUACGCCCCGGAGCCGGUGCAGUCUGAUCGCGAGCUGGUGAUGCUGGCGGUGCGCUCAGCGGGGGAUGCCCUGGCCGUGGCCGACGAGGAUCUGCGGAACGACCGGGAGGUCGUGACUUUGGCGGUCUCCCAAAAUGGCCUCGCGCUGACCUAUGCCUCUGCAUCACUGAAGAAUGACAAGUCGGUGGUCCUGGCGGCGGUGCAGCAGAACGGGCAAGCGCUCCGCCACGCGGACCCCGCGCUGCGCAGAGACCGAGAGGUGGCCUUAGCGGCGGUGGCGCAACAUGGCUACGUGAUCUCGGACCUUUGCUUCGAUCCCGCUCUGCGGGAAGACUUCCAGGUGGCCCUUGCUGCCGUGUCCUUCGAUGGUUGCGCGCUGAAAUACGUGAACACUCACCUCCGGAAGGACCGACGCAUCGUCCUGGCGGCGGUGAAGUCCAACGGCAACGCCAUCCUCUGGGCGGAUCCCGCCUUCCGGGCGGACACAGAGGUGGUGCUGCACACCGUGAUGUACCACGGCACCUUACUCCGCUGCGCCUCGGAGGAGCUGCGGCAAGACCGGGAGGUGGUGCGCCAGGCAGUCCUGGGUCAUGGCUACGCACUGUCUUAUGCCGCAAGCUUUCUGCGGGAUGAUCCGGAGCUGCUAUCCUUGGCAUCUCGUCCGCACUGCCACAUUCCUGUGCGACUGGAAGGCGGCAAAAUGGUCUAUGUCGAGGAUGGCUGACGGCAUGGCUCUGAGUGCCAGAUGCCAAUGCCCUGUCAGAAAAGACGCAUGCCACGCGUGUGGCUCCAAUGAACGUGCGCCAGGG